AUGGAAGCUAACGUCCAGCUCAUGAGAGUCAUCCAGGACAUGCGGGCAGAGAUCGACAAGCUGGAGAAGGAGAACCGAGCCCUGCGGAUGAAGCUGCCUUCAAGCAGUCAGCGAACCCAGGGCUCAGGGGGGCCGUCGGGAGAUGGAAGUAAAGAGGAAGUCGCAGGCGCUGGUGACCUAGGAAAAGUGCCAGGACAACCUCCGGCAACACUUCACAGUGGUAUUUCCACUGACUCAGCACCGGAUGUGCGAGAACACCAAGGCAAUAUCAUGAUUGUUAGACGAUAUUCCAUUUCCUCACCAAUCCAUUCAUUUGCUGCAAAUGAUCCCCGGAAACCUGGGAAAAAACAUCCAAAUAGUAGAAUUCUAAAAGCUCAGGGAACAGUUAAAUCACUGGCAUGUUCCUCAAUCAAGAAGCAAGACAAUGAAGAAAAAGCAUUUGCAGAAGAUUCUUUUACCAGGAAGGGUUCCAGCCACAGAGCCUUUCCCGAGCAGGAUCUUGGUUGCAGGGACAAGAUAAAGACAGUCAGUUUCCUGUUACCCAUGGACAUAGCUUCAUAUUCCAAAAAUCGAAGUUCUUUGGAAAACUCACCAAAUCAUAUCACAAAUCAGCUAAAUACCAUUGCAGAAUAG